GGAGCUCGUGUUAGCACUUAGCAGUGCCUCACAUUACCUCAGACAGACUCAUAGAAAAUGUCAGAAACUGUUCUGCCUUUUAUGUUCAAACCCGAGUCGGACAAUGAUGGAGAGACUCAAGAAGUGACAACAUGUAUAAUGCAACAGGACGCUUAUGAACGCAUUCAGGAGUCAAGCCUGUAGGAAGGGCCUCAUGUGUGACCGCUUUCCAGACACCAUGUCAGUUUUACUCCAGGGGGACGUGGCCAGACAGCCCCGACAGCCAAUGCUCCACUCUUAGCGGAUUGCUUAUUUACGAAACACCCUGUUAGAAUGUUGAUGAACAGCCUGCUCUUACUUCUGCUCACUACUGACCCCUGUUGCCCAGUGAUUGAGGUUUGGUCCUCCAUACUCUCUGUGGAAACUUAGAUUUCAACAUCACAUCUUGUAGAACGAUCAGAUAUUUCAAGCAUCUCGUCCUCAGACAGAAACAUUCACCCUCUCAAGGUGGCACGUCUCAACUGUUUCACACGAAGACCUGUUUCAAGACAGCCAUCAAUAUCUGGACGCUUGAAGACUACAGAGAUCUUCAGAGGGGAAGACACUAUCUUCAUUAGGAUCAAACGCAAAACAAAAAUACAAAUCCAAUGAAUCUACAUGUGAACUUUAUUGCUUUCUACUUGCUCAGGUCAGCCAGAUGAACACACACAUAACAGCCCACAAAGCCAAGGUAAGGCAUCAGUGCUUCUUCCUUAUCCUGUGCUUUCAUUUGGUCUGUGCUGGUGUGCCAGGUCCAUGUAAGCACUCUGUCACACAGGACCAUCUCCUGAAUUUAAAACGUCUGAUUAAGAACCAGCUGCAAAAUGGUUGUUCAAUAACCUACACUUUCACUGAACGCCAGAACCUGAGUGUUGUGUGUUAUGUUAAAGCAGCAUUCCCUCACAUUCUGGAGCUACUCAACACCCAGUUCAGCUAUGCUAAGGACUCCGACAAUUAUCGUUACACUAAUUCACUGAAGAACUUGAUCUACAACAUUUACUCCCAGAGAUGCAUCCCUCCAAUCAAUGAGGAGAUUGAGGAUAGCCCAACAAAGUUCAUAAGAAUCCACAUGACUUUGCCCAGGGCAGCUUUGGAGAAAGCUGAGGAAGUGAUUCGCAUGUAUAUGGGUCUAAUGACUCAGAGCGACAAGCCUGUGGACUGGAACUGUGAGGAGGAGUACACAGAGGAUUACCCAGAAUCCACCACUGAACCUCUCAGCCAAACAGCAGGUGCCUCCGAAUGCCCCUGCAUUUGUCCAACAGUGAGCAGUGGACCAUCUAGGACAUCUACAUCCACAAGCCAUUGGAAUAUUUAUUUGAAAUCAUCUCCAUCUCCUCAAAGAUCAUCUUUUUCACCUGUGGUAACCUUGCAGGGUGGUAAUAAGAGAACUAAACAAUUCAAGCCUGCUGUCCCAGUAGCCAAACACAAAACACUAACUCCAGGGACACCUACCACAUGGAGAUCUAUGCAAGGAAGUUUACCCAACUUCCUCUUUGGUAGCACUCCAGCUUUACCUGAAACUUCAAAUUCAGCGAUGCAAAAUAUGCCAUCAUCGGAUCAUUUCCCUUCAUUUACAAAUUCUAAGGAGGUAUUUCCGAGCAGAACUGACUCAACUGUUCAGUCAACAGCAUCUGGCCCCUAUCAAAAAAACACAAGAGAUAACACACAGGACGGUGUGGAGAGGAGCACGCUGCUUUUACUUGCCAAGAGGUCUUUAGAUUCUAAAAGCCAGGAAGGACCAUCCAGUUCCUAUGUGAAAUUAUCCCAGAACGGGGUUACUGCAACAUCUGAGCCAACAUAUAAAGAUAUAAAGAGCACAGAGAUCAAAGGCAAAUCUUUACAGAUAAGUAAACACAUUGUACCAGUCACAACCACAGUUAUGUCUUCUUUGAAAGCAGCUGCACAUUCAUCGGAAGGUCUGAGCAUCCUUGUUGAACAGCCAGGUCAUCUAAACAGCCCUCUUGAAAAUUUCCAAACACACACCCAAAGUCUGGUGAGGAUGCCAAGGAAUUUCAUGGGAAUCAUCCAUGAGGCAAAGUUCAGCAAGGACAGCAGAUCCCAGGAGGACAGGAAGGGGAUGAAAGACCAGACUCAUCCAGACAGAGAAACACAGAGGAACUCUGCCACAAAAGAAUCAUCCAGCAGUUCAAUCAUCUCUUUUGACACCGUGCUCAUAAUUACUCUAGGAUGUGGUGGACUUCUGCUCAUAACUGUCCUAUUUUACAGACAGCAAAAAGUAAGUGACCCACAAUGGAUUUUUGCCCUGCUGAAAAGACCCGGUUAGACUGGCCUCCUCGUCAGUGCUGGUGUGGUGUUGGUCUAGCCUAAGAAGCCUGCUGGGACCAGUAGACAAACAUAUACUGGUGACUAGCUGGUGGUCUUUUCAGCAGGGUGUCCCUAAACCUGACACAUUCAUUUUGUUCUCUUCGCACAUUUUGCUCUGGCAAACUAUUCAUGACAUCUUGAAUGGAAAAUAUCGAUAAUCCUUAGAAAAAGAAAACAGCUAAUUUUUCUUUCAUGUCAGGUCAAGAUUAUACUUGUCUUGAUAUUCAGACAUAAAUAUAAAUUGAGUGUAUAUAAAUAAAUACAUAUAUAUUGUGUAUACAGGGCAGGUGGGAUGAAGCCACAUUCUUCAUUCAAAUAACAUUCAUGAAGCCAUACUCAUUAUUCAAAUAAUUAUUCUAAUGAUUUGCUUGGCUCACAUUGAUAAAAGAAAACUAACAACAAUAUAUUUUGUGCACUACCACAGAACAAAUGAAUAAAACAAACCGAAGAACCCGUUGAUGCUGGUGCUUUGUGGAACAUGGAACAGUCAGCAUUAGCAGUGUGUUUGUCCUUAAAACUACCCAUUUACAAUAAAGCAAUCUUAUGUUA